AUGAAAUCCUCGAUUGCAACUCUCCUCUCCCUUUUCCUCUUAAACCCCUUGGUUGAUGCCGCAAAAGAAAAGAAUCCCUGGCCUGAACCAGAACAUGGCUUCUUCAACAUAGCCAACUUCACCUUUGACACAGGCGAGGUCCUUGACGACCUCGAAAUCCACUACCAGACUCUUGGCAAGCUCAAAGUCAACAAAGAUGGCUCUAACAAUGCUGUUGUUCUCCUUCACUCUACUACUUUAUCCGGCGAGCAGUUUCUAAGCGAAGACUUUGGCGCUGUCUUGUUCAACAAGGGUCAACUGCUCGACGCCAAUGAUUACUUCAUCAUCAUGCGUGAUGCUAUUGGACAUGGAAACUCGAGUAAACCUAGCAACACUGGCUUACGCGCUUCGUUCCCCAAGUACCAGUAUCCCGAUAUUAUCCGCGCCGACCACCUCCUAUUAACUAGCCACUUUGAACUGAACCGAACGCGCUUGACGCUCGGUGUUUCCAUGGGUGGAAUGCAAAUUUGGAUGAUGGGAGCUAAAUAUCCUGGAUUUUCGGAUGCUUUAAUGCCUAUCUCUUCCUCCCCUGUUGAAGUCGCCGGACACAAUCGUCUCUUCAGAAAGUUCAUAACUGAACUCAUCACUCUUGACCCAGCAUGGAAAGGUGGCGACUAUAAAGAACAGUCUGUUGCUGGCCUUGGCGCAAUAGAUGAGUACGUGGACCAAGGCAUCAUCCCUCGCUUGGGAGAGUUCGAUGCCAACGAUCAGCUUUACGCUUGGAAUUCGUCUCAGACAUACAACCCCAAGGCCGGACUCAAGAAGAUCAAGGUUCCUUUGACGGCUGUCAAUACUGCUGAUGACUGGAUGAACCCUGUCGAGUUGGGUUUUCUCGAGGAUGGUGUUGUGAACGACAUGACACCUGGGUAUGGCCGGGCGAUUACUCUACCUGCUAGCAAGGAGACGACUGGCCAUGAUAGUUAUAUCAAGGCGGAGCUUUGGAAAGAUGAGCUUGAGAAGCUACUCGCCAGGUCAGGCUGA